UUCUCAUUUGAUAUCGGAGUACGUAUAGGUAAUCUCACUUCCUGUUUGAAGUUGCACGUUUUAACAAAGAAGUAGUGUGAUUGUACUUAAUAAAGCUUUUUUUUUAUAAAACGUAUAAUGGCGGAUGCUACAGCAGAAAAGGUUCAAGAAUACAAGGAUUCUCUUAAAACUAAGGCAGAACAGCUAUUAAUAACAGGAUUCCCAGAGAAGAUCGUAAAAUUAAAUGAAUUAUUGGAAACGCCUGGUUUCCGUAAUCGCAAAUUGACAGAUGUUCAUCAAGACUUAAAUGUGCCCAUUCCAGACCCUAUAGUUCUUAAUCAUUCCGAAGAUGGACCUAUUACGAAAAAAAUUAAAAUGGACAAUAGUGUGGAUGAAACUAGCGGAACCAAAGUUAUGAUACUUCCCAAUGGACCAGUACCAUGUAAUAAACCUUUAUGUGAAUUAAUUCAUGUAGUGAAACCAUAUAUCAGACAACUUUUGGAGGAUUCUAAUCUGUUAAAAAUGUGGAUUUCUUUUUUGAUUCCAAAAAUUGAAGAUGGUAAUAAUUUUGGUGUAUCAAUUCAGGAAGAUACGCUCGCAGAAAUACAAUCUGUAGAGAGUGAGGCCGCUGCAUUCUUUGAUCAAAUCUCUAGGUAUUUUAUCUCUCGAGGAAAAAUCGUUAGUAAAGUUGCAAAAUAUCCACACAUCAUUGAUUAUAGAAGAGCCAUUCAAGAAUUAGAUGAAAAAGAAUAUGUGAGUUUGUGGCUUGUAAUGUGUGAAGUCCGCAAUCGCUACUGUUCAUUACAUGAUCUCGUUAUCAAAAACUUGGAAAAGAUAAAAAAACCACGCUCUUCCAAUGCGCAAUCUCUCUACUAAACAUAUGAGUAUUUCCUGUAUAUGUGUACAGGAUGGUCGAAGUGCAAAAAUAAUCGCAUUAAAGGAGCGUGCCUAAAACUUUAUGAUAGGAGAGAAUAAAGCUCAACCAACCAUUGCCAUCCGCUCUACCAUAUUAGAUAUUGACUCUAAUGCCUUGACAUUAGUCCAUCAUUCUUUCGACCAAUUACAGUACUAUGGAUUAACCACAUAGUUGCCUCACACAUAUUACACGGAGAAUAUGGUUUUAGCUUAUUUAUAUGCAGAAAGGUUGAUGUAGCUGAGAUUAUUGUAAACAGUAAUAAGAAAGAGCAUCGAAACCUAAUAUUGUUCUAUACUUUCUUAACGUUCAUGUUGGGGUUGUAUGGUUCUAUAUUCAGAUCAUUGUUAAAGUGCUCCAAUAUACUUAUCACCGAUUUUACAGGAUUUAGGAAUUUCAUUUGAUCUGUUUUUUCUUUUUUUUUUUUUUUUUUUGAUUCAUUAUAUAAAGUUUAUCGGUGAAUUAAAUGAUAUAAUAAAUUUGUACAAUAGUAUAGAAAAAUUCAAACAUUUUUAUGAGAAAAUAUCUUAAAGGUCAUAUUGUAUUUAAUUUAGAAUUAUCUCUAAACGUAUGAUCUGUAAUUUUACAUUAAUAAAAAUAUCAAAAAUAUGAAACGAAGCGUGAUGUAAAAAGAAAACAAAAACAAAAAGAUAAAAUGAACUUUCUUAAUCAUCGGUGAUAUUCAUUUAUAACUGUAUAAAGUAGAAUAUGGAAUAAAUAUGCGCAAUUAUAUGAUUAGUGUGUCAUACACUAUUAUUAAUUCAGUAUUUACACUUAUUAUCAUGAAUGCAACUUUUGCCUUUAUUGCAAGUAUUUUUUACAUUAAUUGAGGCGUAAUGAUGGAUGAUAUGGCAAGAUUAAAAAGAUUUUCCCAAUGUCUUAAUAAAUGAUACAUGAAAUGUCAUAUAUCAUUGAUCUACAAUGAGUUAAUUUAAACUUGUGAAUGUAUUAAAAGCGACACAACCAGAUUAUUUAAAUAAAAAUUUCUUCAGUAAAUAAUACAGUUUCCUUAGCCGUGGUAUAUAAAGUUUAAUUAAUUACUGGUUCUUUUUUUUUUCUUUUUUUUUUUUUUUAUUUUAUCUUAUUUUCUUCAGCAUUUUCUUCUUCUCUGUAUAUGAAGAAAUGAUAAGUUAAAAAAGGAAACAUACAAACGUUAUUUACAUUUUACUGAGAUUGUAAAUAAUAUAUUAUCUUGUACACAUAAUUGAAUAUUUUGGAAUGACAAAAAGACGCUUUGUACGCUCCUUGAGGGAAAAAAACAAACAAAACAAAACAAAAGAAAAAUAUGUAUACAUCAUUGUAAAACAUUUUGUGUCUUUUGGAAAGGACAGUCCAAUUGAUGUAUCAAGAAUUUAACGUAGUAUUCAUUAUAUUUUUUGUCACAAUGCAUCUUAUAUCAUUCAUGAUUUGUUUUGCUUAUAUUACUGAUUAACUAUUCUGGAAUAAACAAUUAUUCCAAUAAUGAAGAACUUAAAAAAAAAAAAAAAAGAAAAAAAUUAUGUAUUUUGUAUCAAUCCUUGAUCAGUUACAAGCAUUGUAGUAGUUAUUAAAUUUUUAAAUUGUCGAGAUAAUAUUAAUAAAAUAAAACUUGACAUUCAAUAUUUGAUACAAUUUCAUUUCAAUGAUAUUAUAAGUUAAAUAAUAUAAAGCUCGUUUCUUUUGCCUCUCGACAUUCUUUUUGCAUUCAUUUUAAUUAUUCCUCUGCACGUUGGUUUUUCUCUUUUUCUUUUCUUUCUUCUUUUUUUUUUUUUCAUUUUUUUUUUCUUUUCCAAAUAUUUACUCAAAAAGUGUACCAGCGAAUAUAUUAAGAUUCUCUGCUUCUGUUUUUACCAAAAGAAAUAUUACUAAAUCUUAAUUUUUGAUUGAAUGUUUUACGAAAAUAUUGAUAUUUAUUAUGUCAGUUAAUAAACAUUUUAUUGGAAAAUGACGUAUCUUGAUAAAUCUUGAUAAUGUUGGGUUGUAAUUUAAUAAUGAUCUUUAAAUGUUAUUUAAAUCGAUCCAUUGUUAAAAAAAAAAAUUUGAAUCGGUCGGUAUUACAGAACGUACUUUUAAUUAAUUGUGUAACGAUUGCACUAUAUUGUUUCUAAUUUCAUUUUAUAUAAUUUUCUAUGUCAUAUUAAUGCACAACAAAUAUUAUACCUUGUAUAUAUAUACACACGUUUAUUUUUAUAAAAUUUUAUAGGCAGAUAUUAAAUAUUUUGAUUUCUUUUUUAUAAACAUCCUUUUUAUAAAUAUUCGUUUGGUUAUAUAGUAAAAAAAACAAAUUGUAUUUCUUUUUUACUAUAAAACUUCAUAUUGUAAGUUACUAUUUGUGUUUAUUGUCUUGACGAAUAAUAAUAAUAAUAAUAAUAAUAAUAAUAAUAAUAAUAAAAAAAUAAAUAAAUAAAAAACAAAACAAAAACAAAACAUAAAUUAGUCACUAAGGUAGUAAGUUGCAUUGUAACAAAUAGAAAAAGAAGAAAAAGAAAAUGAUUACGUACUUAUCAUGUAAUUUUUCAUAAAAUAAUUAAAGUUCAAUAUAUAGUAAUAUUUGAAA